AUUCUGAUAUUCAUAUUAUAAAAGGAGAGCGUGUUGCAAACCGAUAAUGAAAUAAAAGCUAACAAAUUAUUUCAAGUUUUUAGCAAUAGCAUAUUAUAUUUUAAAGUUGUAUUUCUAUAACACAACCUAGAAUAAGAUGAAAGGAAAAAUAAAGAAAAUAAAGAAACGUUGUAAACAAAGUGAUGCAGUAUUUAUUGAAAUUAGUCGAAAUGUUUCUGUGAAUGAGGCUCUCCGUGAGAAAUUAGAAAAUAUUAAACCCCCAUCAUUGAAAAAAGGAAAAACUACAUUAAAAAAAACCAAGUGCAAUAAAUCUGAUGAAAUGCCUGUUUUAACAAUAGAAAAUCUAAGGAAAAUGAGUAAAAACAACAUGCCGGAUGUUAUAAUUGUAGGUGGAGCUAAGAAGAAGAAUAUAAAUAAUUGA